AUGGUGAACAGCGGCGGUGAACGGCGAUGGUGGAGAGGUUCCGAUCUGAAAGGUUGGUCUAACAAAAUCCAGGUGACUGUUAAAAAGCAGCUCAUAAAUAGAUUUAAAGAGAAUAUUAUUGAGGGUCAAACAUACCAAAUGGCAUAUUUUAGUAUUAUUCCAAAUCAAGGCAAUUGUAGGACAGCAGAACAUGAGUUUAAGUUGAUUUUUCUUAACCGUACAACUGUUGUUCCUAUCCCUGAUGAUGCUAUUCUCAAGACAUGUUUCAGUUUAUGUCCAUUUGAUGAGUUUUUGAAAAUGACUGAAAAUUAUGUUUACUUAGUUGAUGUCAUUAGUUUGCUAACUUCUGUCGGUGAAGAGAAAGAGUAUGUGAAAGAUGGCAAAGUGAUGAAGAUGAUCAUUCUUGAAUUAUCUUCAAAAGAGUUGAUAAUACGUUGUGCUCUGUUUGGGGAGUACGUGGAUGAAGUACAUCAUUUCUUAGGUUUUGGUUAUAUGGAGCAGCCAGUUGUUGUGAUCCAACUUGUCAAAGUUAAAUUCUUUAAGGGUAGUGAACAUUAUGAUGACAGUAUGGUUGAUCAAGGUAUCAAUAAAACACAACCAUUGUUUAUUGUUAAUGAGAGCAAUGGUGUUUCUUUGGAAGAUGAUUUUAUUCGGCUUACUAGGAGAUGCACUAUUGAGGAACUCCAUGAUAACAACGAGAAAAGGUCUUUUGUAGUUUUUGGUAUUAUGAGAUCUAUUAUGGAUGAAGAAUCUUGGUGGUAUUCAGCUUGUGUUUGUGGGAAGUCAAUUCAAUCUCAAGAUGGUGCAUAUUAUUAUAAUUUUUGUCAGUACUAUGUUACCAAUGUGACUCCUACAUAUAAGAUCAAAAUAGCCAUUGAGGAUGAUAAUGGAUAUGGUGUAUUUGUCUUAUUUGAUCGUGAGGCUGUUUAUUUAUUGAAAAAAUCAUGUGCUGAUUUAUUUGGUGAGACAAAUUACAAACCUUUUAUUGAUUUUCUCGGUGAAAAGGAUGUUGAAGUUCCUGGAUUAGAUGAUAUAAGUAGUGAAGUUGAUAUUAUAAAAGAGAAAGAAAAAAAUAUUGAUGAGAGUAUACCUGUUGAUAGGGAGUGUAGCAUCGAAAUUGAGAAAAUACUUUUUGCUGUUCUUGAUGGAUCCCCUAUUCAUGUGAUCAAGAAAGAGACUGUUGAAAAUCCUUCUAGGGGUGCAAAGGUUAAGAGAAAUCUGAAGAAAGUUUUUGGUGACGUUGCUGAUGAGGAGUUUGGCCCAACUUCCAAUGUUCUCAAGAACCGUGAUUCUUGA